AUGAACGCAUCUCUGCCCGUCGAAACAAUUAAUAUUACGGCGACGACCCCACUCUCACCUUCGCUCUUAUCCGGUCGUCGAUCACCUGCCCUUCUCCCAUCCCUCCCACUCGGUCCUUGUCUCACGACUUGGACACCGGACCAUCUCAUCGCAUCGUCCUUAUCAUCAAAACUCGUCUCUGUCCAUUCCUCGUCCUCCCCACGGCUUAACUUUAUCUCCAAAAACUUUACCUACGAGCGCAUCUCGUUCGCCCAACUUGUCGCCAACUGCUGUAGCUCGUCGAAUACGUUCUGGUACCUGCGUUCGCUCGGGGAUACGUCACAUUCUCGUUCCGACCUAGCCACCCAUUUCCCCUCGUUAGCGGCAGAGCUCGAUAUUCCCCCACUUUUUUCCCCGGAGACAUUUUUCUCCUCCGUGUUUCGCAUUUCGUCUCCCUCUCUAGAACUUUGGACGCAUUACGACACCUUGGAUAACGUUCUUAUCCAAGUCAGAGGGUCAAAGAGGGUCGUCCUUUUCCCACCGAGGGACGCAGACAAGUUGUACUUGGUGGGGGACAAGACCUCCGUUGUGGAUUGGGAGGCGGACGAUUUGUUAGAAAAGUAUCCGAAACUUAGAGAGGUGACCAAGUACGAGGUUAUUCUUCAACCGGGUGACGUCCUUUUCAUUCCAGCGCUCUGGUUCCACUCGAUAACAGCGAUCGAUUUUUCCAUCUCGGUCAACCUCUUUUGGAAAAAUUUGGACGGGGAGCAGUUCUACGAUAAGAAGGAUACGUACGGAAACAGGGACCUCAUCCCCGCGCAGCUCGCGUUUAAAACGUUUGAAAAGGCGACGGCUCAAUUAAAACAACUACCACCGGACUACGAGGAUUUCUACUUGCGUCGUAUGAUCAUCAAUAUUCAAAAGAGAUUGGAUACGUUAAAAUCUGAGGAGGACAAUCAAAAUAGUGACGACAGGGAAUAA